GCCAUGCCGAGUCGCCGACCCGACCCUCGCAGAGUUGCCCCCUGGCACCACUCCCAUCCAUGUCAAACCUCCUCGAGUCGUUAGAUUCCGGCCCAUUCCCCAUGUAUAAAACGGAUACUGCUUGCCCUCGCACCUACCAGCUGAGCUUGCCUCCUGCCGCGAACCCUGGUUGCUGCUUCAACGUUCGCGUUUCAAGCCCGCUCGUUGCCGCGUCGGCCGGCGCGGCAUGGCGGAUGGCCUGCUGCGGUGGCUCUGCGCGCGCCCGGGGCGGCGGUGGCGUCGCCGCGGGAGGCGCGCGGCGCGGCUGGUGCUGUGGCGCGGGGACGCGCGGGCGGUCGAGCCCGGGAGGGCGGCGGGGGAGCUCAUGGCGGAGCACGCCGGCUGCGUGGUGUGCCGCACCGACGGGUUCCGGAUCGGCCGCCCCGUGCCGGUGCUCGACAUCGGGGACCGCCUCGAGGCCGGGCGCACGUACCUCGUCGCCCCCGUGGACCGGCUCCCGUGCGGCGGAACGGAUGGGGUCGUCACCGCGGCGUCGCUCGCGGCGCUCUCGAACGCCGCUGGCAAGUCGUCGUCGUCGGCGGCGGCCCCGACGACGUCGCUGGCCGGGAGCGCGAGGAGCCCGUUCGAGUACGUGAAGGACGAGGACGGCCGCACGGUGAUCAGGGUCACGGAGGAGUUCAUCGUGAGGGCCGUCACGGGCGUUGGCAAGCCGCGCGAUCGGGACGCCGACGCCGUCGGCGGGUGCGGGGCGCUUUGCAGCACGCCGGAGCUGAGGAAGCACUACGAGCAGCUGGUGGGCGCGGCGAGGGGGCGGCCGUGGUCGCCGCGGCUGGACACGAUCAAGGAGCGGAAAGGGCGGAGGCUCGUGGACGUCGUGAGCCCGGGGAGGCUGUCGCCGGUGAGGCUGCUGGGGAUGGACAAGAGACUCUCCACCUAGUAGGAUAGAGAUAGAGAGCUGCAAAAUUGCAAACAAGCCAGUACAGCACCUCACAUCUCACUGGGCUCCAUGCGUUCGUGCAGCUGCUGUUUCUUUGGCUGAAGAUGUUGAUUCUUGGAUGGAAUUGCACAUGUCGAUGUAUGGGGGGUUUUUUUGGACAAGAACUUGUACAGCCACGUCUCAGUAGUCAGUAUAAUAACUAAUACAGAUUCUAGUAUUCAAAAUUGCAUGAUCA